GUGGACGUGAACCUGAGUGGAGCCUGAAUGCCGUUAAAGCCACACUGACUAACAAAACUUUUAAAAUAUGACUACAGUAAGGAUUUUAACUCCACAAUGCUGCUAUGCUGGGAUGUGACAGGCUUCCUACCCAGGCCUGGAAGGUGGUUGAUGAUGUUAGGAGCAAACAUAAACACAGAUGAAGAGCGACAUAAACAAUGGAGGGACCAACCCCAGAGCCUGUGUACGUCGAUGUGGACAAGGGACUGACAUUAGCAUGUUUCGUCUUCCUCUGUCUCUUCCUGAUUGUGAUGAUUAUUCGUUGUGCAAAAGUCAUCAUGGACCCUUACAGUGCCAUCCCUACAUCUACAUGGGAGGAGCAGCAUCUAGAUGACUGAAAGGACUUCCCUAGACAGAGCCAUAAAAUGCUGCGAUCCAGGAGGCCUUUUCCCACCAGGAAGGCUAUCACACAAACAGCCAUUUUCAGAUAUGCAAGGCAACGGCAAUAUCUCUAAGAGCACAUAGUGUAAAUGAUUCUUGCUCAACAGGUCAGGAUAUCAGCAAGCCAUUCUGGCAGCGCAGUUUAAUACUAUGCAGCAACCUUUAUUUUACUGAAAACAGUUAUCAUUGUAACUCAAGUAGCACAAGACUCUCCAGACAUUUCCUAAUAUAACUCUUGGUCUAGCACAGUCUGUUCUCCCUUCAGUAUCUCCCACAAAUCCAGGGUAACCAUCACAAUUUGGAAAAGCAACAGGAACAUUUUGUCCUUCCUGGAAAUAGAUUGCUUCAAAUAUCUUCUUCAGUCAUUAUAUUUGCGUUUCAAAAAAAAAAAAAGGCCCAGAUUUUAUAAUUUUGUAUCACAGAGCAUCACAGAGUAGAACUGCUAAAGCAUCCGUGCUUAGGUAGGGUUAUAUGAGUGAAUUUAAUCUCAGCUCACAUGAUUCUGCACAUACACUCCCGACCCCACUGCAACCCUAUUUCCAGUGACCAUGAUACAGAAGCACUCAGACUACAGUUCCAAGGGGGUCAUGGACUUCUGUGACCAUGUAGCACCACCUCGCUCUAGCCUACUCAUGCAAAAACCAGGCAUAUCAUCGGGCACAGGUCCGUGGAUUAGCCAGAUGUGUCAGACCACUUGCUAUGGUAGCCACCAGAAGCCCACGGAGCAAAGUUUGGAUGCUGCUGGUUUCAGCUACACAGAAUUUGCUGUGAUUUUCAGAGUGAUUCCAUAUGUAGCUUCAUCCAUCCAUCAUGUUUUAGAUGCACUUCACUGGGACGAGAUAUGACAAUAAGCAGAAACAUUGCUCCUAGUUUUGUCACUCAGACUCCUCAGCAUAACUGUUAAAGUAACAUACACUAAUGUGCAUUCUACCUCUGAGAAAUUCAGCACUUUUAAAAGAGGAAUUUCCCAACAAAUUUGUAAGGUGAAUAGCUGUACAUUUCCUCCUCUUAAUUCACUAAGACAACCAUUAUGCAAGAAGGCACAAGUGAAUGUGAGAGCUUUGGAAAUUUAUUAUUUAUCUUUUGAAGAGUGGGGACUGAGGGAUUCCCAUGUCCUCUGAUCCCCAAAUUCUAAGGUUUGCUCGCAGCUGCCUUUUUUAGUGACUAGCGUUUGGUUUAUGGGAUUAUAAGGAGUUGCUGAAGCAACAUGGAGUAGGUACUGCAACCACAACAAGCAUCUUGAGCAGACAAGACUUGAAAGCACAAAUCUGCAAGAAGGACAUUUCACUAUUUCUCCUCUUCCUUACCAUCCUACCUGACCUCUAGGUUCUUGCCACAAGGCAAUGCACAGUGGGUGACAGAGGUGGAACUGAAGGUUGCGGUGAGGAAUAUGGACGUAGACUUUGUAGGUUACUGUUCUCAACUUUGACAGAUUUGUUAGACCAUCACGCAAGUCACUUCUUUAUGUGCCUCUACCUACUCAUUGGUGAGAUGGGUACAACAAUAUUAACUUGUCUCACAUUGUUUUGUCGGUCUCAUAAUACCAGAAAGCACUUGGAGAGUCUUAGGGACACAGAAAUAAGGUAUCGAUUCACAAUUCCUCAUCAUGAAACUAAUGGGGAAGGUUUGAAUCUUAGUAUACAGCAAAGGAAGUUCUCCCCAGGCAGAGGACGUGUCCAAACCUCCGCUUACUCUCCCAUUGAGAUUGCAGUAUUUUGAGCCAUGCCAAAUGGCACCUGCCUUUGCUAUAUAUUCCACUGAUUUCCGAGGACAGUCUGGAUGCAAGGUGCUCAGCACUGUGAUUGCAGAGGUCCCAAAAUAGCAGGCUACGAGGCAUGUGGAGAUUUUUGCAUGGAUCUUUUGCACUGCAGUUUUUGCUAAUCUCUGUUGUAGGAGGAUCCGAUUCAGGUGGCAGAAUAUUUGAGGACAUCUUUAACAUUGCUGUUCUCUAGCAAGAGACUUCCACUGCUUCGGUUACUUACUGCAGGUUGCUGUUAUUUAGCCUCAGUUUCUGCUAGCCACUUAAUCACCAGUAACUGAGGAGUUUUUCAGUUGUGAAUGCUAAUGUUCACCGUACUUUGAGCAAACACGUUGGUCUGCCUUAUUCAUGAGUGUGUCUAUCUGUACCAUAGGAAUGGAUGCCCCAGCUCAAAGAAGGUUGCUUCUGUUCCCUGGGCUAAAGUUUAGAACCCAUUUUUUGUCAUUAAGUCUUGUAUCCCACCUUGAUACAAGUGGGGCUACUUACAGAAUAAAUAAAUAAAAACAAAACACCAAAUACAUUUAUUUCCAGGCUAAAGGAACGUUCAGUUUGGAGGUCACCUGGCUGUGUUCACAGCUGAUGCAGAGCAAGAACAGAGCUUGUCAUCACACCUCCCAGUGCCAACACUCCACUCAAUGUUUAUCUGCAUGCAGAACUCUUUGGCUUUGUCAUGCGUCACUGAGAAGCCCCUGUUCAGCUGAGGACUUCAGCACAGGCUUCAGUUUAAGCCUCUGAGCGGGCU